CACCUUCUUGGAAAGAACGUCAUCCCUCAUCUAUUUUUUAUCUUUUUUUCUCUUUCUUAUGCUCAUAUAUUCAUUGUUCCCAGUUUCUUUCUGCGGUAUUGGGCGAAUUAUUUUCUGAUUUUGAGUUUUAGAAAGAAAUAUCUUCUUCUCAUACAUCCUCAUGUUAUCAAUACCUUCAACUCUAUCGUCCAUUUCUAAAAAGAAAUAUGAUGUUUUCUUGAGUUUUAGAGGUGAAGAUACUCGCAGGAACUUCACAGAUCAUCUCUAUAAUGCUAUAAAGAGGAGCGGGAUUGCCACUUUCAGAGAUGAUCCAAAGCUGGAGGCCGGCGAAGAGAUCGCGCCAGAACUCUUUAAAGUAAUUCAGCAAUCAUGGUGCUCGGUAAUCGUUUUUUCAGAAACUUAUGCCUUCUCAAGUUGGUGCUUGGAGGAGCUUGCUAAGAUUGUUAAACAACAUAACAACAACGGCUAUAAAGUGUUUCCAAUUUUUUACCAUGUUGAACCAUCUGAUUUAAGUAAACAAAAAAAGAAAGUGGAAGAAGCCUUUGCCAGACAUGAAGAGAGAUACAAAGAAGGUAGUGAUAAGAUCCAAAGGUGGCGAAAUGCUUUAAUUCAAGUGGCUGGAAUCAAGGGAUGGCAUUUAAAUAACAGGCAUGAAUCAAAAUUUAUUGGAGAGAUUGUUAAGAAGAUAUCAGCAAAAUUAUGUCAGACAUAUCCAGUUACUCAUAGCGACUUGGUUGGAAUUGGUGCACACUUAGAAGAUUUAUAUUUGAAAAUAAACAUUGGGGAAGAUGAUGUCCGCAUUAUCGGGAUUUGUGGAAUGGGUGGCAUCGGUAAAACAACACUUGCAAGAAUUGCUUACGGUCAAAUGUUAUCUCAUUUUGAAGGUAAAAGUUUUAUUGCUGAUAUUCGAGAAGUUUCAGACAAAUGUGGAUUAGUUUCUUUACAGAAACAACUUCUUUCACAGAUCUUUCAUGAUGAAUGCUUCAACUUUUUCAAUGUUCAUGAAGGGAAUAACAUAAUUAGCCAUAGGUUGUCUCACAAAAAGGUUCUUAUUGUUCUUGAUAAUGUUGAUAACAUACAACACUUAAAAUGCUUGGUUGGAAGGCAUGAUUGGUUUGGAUUAGGGAGCAGAAUCAUUGUAACAACAAGAGAUGAACAUUUGCUUCGAUGUUGUCGAGUUGAUGAUGUGUAUAUGCCCACAACAUUGAAUCCCAAAAAUGCGCUUCAACUUUUCUAUCUGAAAGCUUUCCAUAGUGAUACAGUGCCAAAAGAUGAUUUUAUUGAGCUUUCUGAACAUGUUGUAAAUUAUGCUGGUGGACUCCCUUUAGCUCUUGAAGUUUUAGGUUCCUUUUUAUGCGGUAGAGAUGCAACUCAAUGGAAAAGUGCAAUUGAAAGACUUAAAAGAGAUUCUAAUAAAGAAAUUCUCGAUAAACUUCAAAUUAGUUUUGAAGGACUAGAAGAAAGGGAGAAGAAUAUAUUUCUAGAUAUAGCAUGUUUCUUCAAUGGGGAGAAGAAAGAUUUUGUAAUCAAUAAUUGGAUGGUUGUGAGUUUUUCCCAACUAUUAGAAUUGAUGUUCUCAUUAAAAAAUCUCUCAUAAAAGUCGAUAAAAACAACAAAUAUUUGAGGAUGCAUGACUUGUUGCAAGAAAUGGGAAGAAAAAUUGUUAGAGAAAAAUGUGUUGAUGAACCUGGA